UCGGCCGGGCGUCCCUAGCCGGGGCCGGGCUGUGCUGCCCGCGAGCACCGCGUCCGUGCCCAUGGGUCUCCAUGGAGACGGCGGGGCCCAGGCAGCCGGAGCGGGGCCGCGGCGCUCCGGGGGCCUCCGCGGCAGCGUGGCCGUGUUCGCCGCCGUGGCUGCCGUGUUCACCGUCACGCUGCCCCGCUCGCUGCCGGGGGGAGACUCGGGGGAACUGAUCACAGCCGCACAUGAGCUUGGAGUCGCCCAUCCUCCCGGCUAUCCUUUGUUCACUCUGGUGGCCAGCCUGGCCAUCACACUCUUCCCGUUUGGUUCUGUUGCCUACCGCGUCAAUCUUCUCUGUGGCUUAUUUGGAGCGGUGGCUGCUUCGCUCCUUUUUUUCACCGUUUUCAGGCUUUCUGGCUCACAUGCUGGAGGAAUCCUUGCUGCGGGGGUGUUUUCAUUUUCUCGCCUAACAUGGCAGUGGUCCAUUGCAGCUGAGGUUUUCAGCUUAAACAAUCUGUUUGUGGGGCUGCUCAUGGCGCUUACUGUGCGUUUUGAGGAGGCAGCCGCCGCAAAGGAGAGAUCAAAGAUAGCAGUUAUUGGUGCUUUCUCCUGUGGCCUUAGCUUGUGUAACCAGCACACAAUCGUACUCUAUGUUUUAUGCAUAGUACCCUGGAUUCUCUUCCGACUUCUGAAAGAGAAGGAGCUGGCCGUUAGCUCUCUGCUGAGGCUGGCUUUGGCCUUCUCUGCCGGCCUGCUGCCCUAUGUCUACCUGCCUGUGUCAUCCUACCUCAAUCGUGCCCGCUGGACCUGGGGGGACCAGACGACACUGCGAGGCUUCCUGACACAUUUCCUCCGGGAGGAGUAUGGAACAUUCAGUCUGGCCAAAUCUGAAAUAGGAUCCAGUGUAUCUACAAUACUACUUUCACAAAUAAUAAAUAUGAAGACCGAACUUUCAUUUAACAUCCAAGCUCUUGCAGUUUGGGCAAAUAUAUGUUUAACUAGAAAGAGCAGACGGCAGUCUUCAUUAGUGUGGCUUUUCACGGGAAUGCUUUGCAUUUAUUCCUUAUUCUUUGCUUGGAGAGCAAAUUUAGAUAUUUCAAAACCACUUUUCAUGGGUGUGGUGGAGCGAUUCUGGAUGCAGAGCAACGCGGUUGUGGCAGUUCUUGCUGGCCUCGGAUUAGCCACCCUGGUGUCCGAGACUCACCGUGUGCUGAACUGCCAUGGGACUCAGUAUCUGGAGUGGCUGUCUGCAGCUCUCUUCGUGGCUUAUCAGAUAUACUCAAAUUACAGCAUUUGUGACCAAAGAACCAAUAAUGUGAUCGAUCAGUUUGCACGAAAUCUCCUGGACUCCAUGCCUCGUGAUGCAAUCAUCUUACUCAGGGGAGACUUGCCAGGGAAUUCUCUCCGUUACUUGCAUUACUGUGAGGGGUUGAGGCCGGAUGUUUCCCUAGUGGAUCAAGAAAUGUUGACUUAUGACUGGUAUUUACCCAAGAUGGCAAGGCAUCUCCCUGGCGUGCGCUUCCCUGGGGACCGGUGGAGCCCUGUGGAAGGAGUAUUACCCAGUGGAGUGGUCACGUUCAGUCUUUAUCACUUUCUUGAGAUGAAUAAACAAAAAGAAACAUUUGUUUGCAUAGGAAUUCAUGAAGGUGACCCAACCUGGAAAAGGGCUUAUUCACUUUGGCCUUGGGGUUCCUGUGACAAGUUAGUUCCUUCAAGGAUUGCAUUCAACCCAGAGGAGUGGAUUAAGCGCACAAGAAGUAUCUAUAAUUGGACGGAGGAAUACGGAGGGUAUGAGCGCAGAUUUGAUCCAUCUUCAUGGGAAUCCGUGGCCAAUGAGGAGAUGUGGCAAGCAAGGAUGAAGACGCCGUUCUUCAUCUUUAACCUGGCAGAGACCGCCACGGUGCCUCCAGACGUGAAAGCACAACUCUACACUCAUGCAUAUAAACUUUAUAAGGAGAUCGUAUACUUGCAAGAGGAACACCCAGUGAAUUGGCACAAGAACUACGCCAUCGCCUGUGAGCGGAUGCUGCGCCUUCCAGGGACAACCACAGACCCUGAAGUCCUGCUGUCUGAAACCAUCAGACAUUUCCGUCUCUACACUCAGAAAGCACAGACUGACCCCCAGCGAGCAGACAUCAUCGCUGCUCUCAAGCACCUAAGACGAGAACUGCGAAGUCUAAGAAAUAGAAAGACGGUCUGAGCCGGCGAUGGUGGCUGCCCUGCUCACGUUCUGUUUCCAGAGGUGCCAAAGAGCAAACGCUUUUCCUUCCAGUAAAGAAAGUGUAUCAGAAGAGUAGAAAUUUCAGUUAUCUCCUGGAACAGCAGAAAUAAGUUCAUGGCUACAAUGUAUGCCUUAUGCAAAAGUGUGUUUAUCUCAUGCCAAAUUAGCAUUUCCUUGAGAAGCGUUCAGAAACAUCUGCACUAAUGAACAGAAACAUCCAAGGACCGUGGUAGGUUCUAGACAUGAAGGAACUGUCUCCACAGACCUAAGACGUUUGACCCUGAGGUCUGUGAUUAUUGGGAUUCAUUCAAAAAGAUAGUCUUAAAAUACGCAUUCCAGACCCAAGGCAUUUUCCAGUUCCUGAAAGUGAGAUGGUCUCUGAAACCAAUUCUUGUUACACCUCAUUAGAAUUCCUUUUGCUUCAGUUAACUGUGAUUGUUAGUCAGAAACUUUGUACUUUAAACCAAGUACGUGAUUUUUUAAACUUUGAGUUUUAUCGUCUUCAUUCGGCCUUCACUGAAAAGGAAAGAUGAUUUCAUGUUUGCUUCUGUCUGCUGUCGAAACAGGCAAAUUUCACUGAAAAGGAAAGGUGAUUUCAUGUUUGCUUCUGUCCGCUGUCGAAACAGGCAAAUUAAAAGGCACUUAACAUGUCCUUAAUUAAUUUCA